GUCGAAGUCAGCUUUCCAGCCCAGCUCUUUCUCAGCCAGACGGGGGUCAGCAUAGCAGGACGCUACAUCUCCUCCUCGUCGGGGGGCAAUCAGGUACAUGAUCUGUGGCAAAGACAAUCAUAACAGUACAACCACCCCCAUGUGAAAUGGUUUGGUCUGGAAUUAGCGGUCAGACAGGUAUUGCUUGAGGUAGCUGCUUUCUACACAUGAAGAUCUAAAAAUGAUUCCAUUCCCUGUAAUUAAGAGGUAAUAAAUAUAAAAUACAGGAAUACUGAUGGAUGAAGGCUCUGAAGUUUUUAAAAGAGGGUCAAGUCACUCACCUCUCUCCCUGAGGCCUUCUCCAUAGCCUUUACCAUCUGGAGCACAGAGUAACCAGUUCCUGUUCCUAAAUUAUACACCUAGAGAGAGAGGGAGAGAGAGAAGGGGAAAAUGUCACGUUUCUAUAAGGCAAUGGAUGAGACAAGAGCAAUUAUGAAUGAAUGAGGAAAGACAGAAGACAUGAAACAUGUAACAGUAGGGUCAGGUAAGCCAGCCUGUACUUUGCAUCCACAAUUGUCCUUCAGUUUCUUGAGGGCAGCUAUGUGUCCUUUGGCCAAAUCCACAACAUGGAUGUAAUCUCGCACCCCUAAAGAGAAGAAGGAUUAUUCACAAUUGGAUGCAUUUCUGUAAAAAAAUAUGAUUUGACACUUACCAUCAGACAAGGUUAUGAUUAAUUGAAUUCUAUUCAGUGCUGUUUUCAAUCAAUGUCAAUCAACCCUCUUUUUUUCUUUAAGCAUAAAGUCAGUCAUCAUUACCUGUUCCAUCAAUAGUGUCGUAGUCAUUCCCAAACACAUUGAGGUGUUUUCUUCUCCCAAUGGCAACCUGGGUUAGAGAAGAGAGAGCCACAGCACCUAAAGUUAAGUCAAUUAUACUGAACAAAAAUAUAAAACGCAACAUGCAACAAUUUCAAAGAUUUUACUGAGUUACAGUUCAUAUGAGGAAAUCAUUCAAUUGACAUAAAUUCAUUAGGCCCUAAUCUAUGGAUUUCACGACUGGGAAUACAGAUAUGCAUCUGUUGGUCACCGAUACCUUAAAAGAAAUGGGCCUCACAAUGGGCCUCAGGAUCUCGUCACGGUAUUUCUGUGCAUUCAAAUUGCCAUUGAUAAAAUGCAAUUGUGUUCGUUGUCCGUAGCUUAUGUCUGCCCAUUCCAUAACCCCACCAUGGGGCACUCUGUUCACAACGUUGACAUCAGCAAAUCGCUCGCCAACACGACGCCAUACGCGUGGUCUGCGGUUGUGAGGCCGGUUGGAUGUACUGCCAAAUUCUCUAAAACGAUGUUGGAGGUGGCUUAUGGUAGAGAAAUGAACAUUCAAUUAUCUGGCAACAGCUCUGGUGCACAUUCCUGCAGUCAGCAUGACAAUUGCACGCUCCCUCAAAACAGAGACAUCUGUGGCAUUGCGUUGUGUGACAAAACUGCACAUUUUAGAGUGGCCCUUUAUUGUCCCCAGCACAAGGUGCACCUGUGUAAUAGUCAUGCUGUUUAGUCAGAUUCUUGAUAUGCCACACCUGUCAGGUGGAUGGAUUAUCUUGGCAAAGGAGAAAUGCUAACUAACAGGGACGUAAACAAAUUUGUGCACAACAUUUGAGAGAAAUAAGCAUUUUGUGCGUAUGGAACAUUUCUGGGAUUUUUUAUUUCAGCUCAUGAAACAUGGGACCAACACUUUACAUGUUGCGUUUAUAUUUUUGUUCAGUGUACAAAACUACAUUCCGGUGAAAAUAACAGAAAUUAGAAAAGGAAUAACUAAGUGGGAUACCACAUCAUUCAAGGUGGAUAAACAUUAUUUGUGGUUACCUGGGCGACAUAGGGCAGCAGGUUGUUGGGGAUGCCCUGAGGGUCUUCUCCGAUGAGCCCAGAGGAGUGAGCCCCGAUGGGGUUGAAAUACCGCAGCAGCACUGCGUUCCAGUCCUGGGAAUACAUGCAGUAGUAUGGGCAUUAUUAUCAUUAUACACAUUGUUAUAUAAACUGUUAUUCAGGACAUCUAUCAUGCAUGGGAUGUAUGUGACAGAUGGUCAGGGUGUGUGAUGAUGAAUAGAGAGCCUGGGGUAGGUAGGUACAGUACCUUCUCUGCCUUACACUGGUCCAUAAUCAUCUCCUCUAUGAAGUACUUGGUCUUGCCGUAGGGGUUGGUGCACCCCCCAACAGGGUGCUGUUCAUCUAUGGGAAGCCGCUGGGGGUCUCCAUACACCGUGGCUGAGCUGCUGAAGACCAGAUUGCGCACGCCGUGAGUCUGCAUCACCUUGGAGACAUGCAGAUGCACACACACACACACGACACACACACGGACAGCAGCCGUUGAGACAGCAAUCUAAAGCACACACACUUAGGCAUACAGACUAACAUCACAAGGUUGGUUGAGAUUAUUGCAAGCAACACGUAAACAUUAUUAGCUAGUCAUGAAGUAAAAGACAAGAACAGUGCUACAAAGUUAUCAAAUCAAUACACACAGGCAUCCAUGCACUUAGGUAGCAGUUCUAGGAAAGCAGCCAUUACAGAAUAGGAAACUUCAAAUAAUGCAAGGCAAGCUGAGAUUGAGGUGUUCUAACUUACCUCAAGCAAGUUCAUGGUUGCAGUGAGGUUGACCCGAUAGUACCGCAAUGGCUGCUCAACGGACUCACCCACCGCUUUCAGACCAGCAAAAUGCAUUACAGCACUGAAUGAAUGCUGUUAAGACAUUAAGACAGAGACAAACAAGUAAACACUUAAUAAAGACAAAGGUAAGUGAUGUCUUGAGCAAAACUCAUAAUAGGGCCAGGAGUUAUCCCGGACCACAUGACCUAAAGAGGACAAACUCUGGGGCCUAGUUAAAGCAAAUGCAUAGGAACACUGUUCAGCAGGGAUGAGUGUAGUUUCUAACCAGUUUGAAAAGCUUCUCCAGGCCUGGGCGGUCCAGCAGGUCCAGCUCAUGGAACUCAAUGCUGGUGUCCAGGAUCUUCUCUAUCCUCCGCAGGCUCUCAGGGACAUCUCCUUCUCCUCCACAAAACAUCAGGAUGUGGAACAAUGAUCAACACACAUGCAUGCACACACACACACACACAUAAACACCUUUACUGUAACUGUUGUUACCCAAAACAAACAGUAACUGUCAAACAGAUAACGUGUCUUACGACACUAUCACUCUCAAAGUUACGCUGGGCAAACUAAAGACACUUACCUCGGACAGCAUUGCUGAAGUUAUCUAUGACCACAGGGCAGAAUCCUGCCUCAAUCAGUUCCACCACACAGUGGCUGCCUAUGUAGCCUCCUCCCCCAGUCACCAGGACCUUCUGUGCCAUCCUGAAUGCCUGCCUUACAAAGACAGAACACAUCACACAACAGCAACACACAUGAGAACACCAUUAGUGGACACGGCAACAUACUAGAGAUGUGCUUAGAUCUACCUUAUUGAAUUCCUAAAGGUCAAUGUCUGACUAGAGCUUAGCAGGAAAAACAAAGGCGGAGGAGUAUGUUUUAUGAUGAACAACUCAUGGUGUGAUUAUAGGAAUGUACAAACUGCUACAGUGCUAUUUGGGUUGUUAAAUCAGAUUUGUCCCACCAUUCUUAAUUUCUUGUAAUUUUCCCCCAUACAUUUAAAUUGUUUGACAUUUUACUGCAUUGUUAGGAGCUACACUGAACAAAAACAUAAACCCAACGUAAAGUGUUUCAUGAGCUGAAAUAAAAAAUCUCAGAAAUUGUCCAUACACACAAACAGUUUAUUUCUCUGAAUUUUUUUCCAAAAAUUAGUUUACAUCUGUGUUAGAAAGCAUUUCUCCUUUGCCAAUAUAAUCUAUCCACCUGACAGGUGUGGCAUAUCAAGAAGCUGAUUAAAUAGCAUAAUUAUUACACAGGUGCACUUUGUGCUGGGAAAAAUAAAAGGCCACUUUAAAAUGUGCAGUUUUGUCACACAACACAAUGCCACAGCUGUCUCAAGUUUUGAGGAAGCAUGCAAUUGGCAUGCUGACUGCAGAAAUGUCCACCAGAGCUGUUGCCAGAGAAUUGAAUGUUCAUUUCUCUACCAUAAGAUGCCUCCAACGUCAUUUUAGAGAAUUUGGCAGUACGUCCAACUGGCCUCACAACCGCAGACCACGUGUAACCACACCAGCCCAGGACCUCCACAUCCGGCUUCUUCACCUUUGGGAUCAUCUGAGGGGGGGUGGGGGGCGGGUGAUGAGGAGUAUUUCUGUCUGUAAUAAAGCCCUUUCAUGGGGAAAAACUCAUUAUGAUUGGCUGGGCCUGGCCUGGCUGCCAAGUGGGUGGGCCUAUGCCCUCCAAGGCCCACCCAUGGUUGAACCCCUUCCCAGUCAUGUGAAAUCCAUAGAUUAGGGCCUAAUUUAUUUAUUUCAAUUGACUGAUUUCCUUAUAUGAAAUUCCUUUGAAAUUGUUGCAUUUAUAUUUUUGUUCAGGAUAGUAACAAAAGCAUUGCACCUGCUAUAACACCUGAUAAACUGUGUACACAACCAACAAACUUUGAUUUUAUUUGACUUUCAUGAGAGACUGUCAUAGUAUUUCAGGAACAGCCCAGGUUACCUUUUGUCUAAGAGAGCCACCCAUAAAACCUGGAGGGCUUGUCAAGCUAGACAUUUUUUAAGAGGUAUGCCGUUUGACUAUUCAAUUUCAGUGCCCCACCCCACCCAGUCCCACGUCACCAUUCAGUACACCUGUACGACCAGGAUGUAGAGGAUGAAAAGAUAACAUUGGUGCAGUAAAGAGAGAGGCUGUGUUCGAGAGGAUCAAAACCGUAAUGUAUCAUGGGUAAAUUGUGACUGACUGAUCUACAAACCUAUUUAUAACCUUACAUCAUAAAUAACUACUCAUUAUUAUUUGUAGAUCAGUCAGUCAGUCAAUCAGUCAGAAUUUACCCAUGAUACAUUAUGGUUUUGAUCCUCUCGAACACGGCCAGUGUCCCUAAUACCACAUUAUACUGUAGUUGCAUUGAACUAAAUGACAUUAUCUGAAUAUGACUGGCAUAACCUUUUUUUUGUGCAUUUCCUGACAUCAAGGAGACACAUCAGCAUAAUCAGUCAGUUAUAAAAUGUCAUUGGACGGCUAUGUCAUGCUUGUCUGAAGUCCAUUAUACAGCUUAUAGCGGCAGUAAACAAGAACCUUAAUGAUAUGGUAACGUUAGCUAGACAUUCAUUCAACUCUUCUGAUUUGAGUUCUUGCUAAGCUGUCAUCACUGGAUAAAUCCUACCACUGUCAUUCACCCAGAAAAUCAUACAUUAAUAAAAAGACUUACUUGUACGUCCUUUACACCAAAGGAAUUGUCUUCGCGGGAAGGAAGACGUCCGAAGAGUAUAGGAGUAUGUAAAGGACUGCUAAGAGAACGAAGCUACCACCUCAAACAAGGGACGUCUCUCCCUGUCCUGUUUGGACAUAUUUCUUGCUUCCUGUUCAGAGAGAGACGUGGAGCUGUGUUAAGUCAGAACAAUCAGAUACUACAUCCGGUAGCGUAUGUCAGUUUAUUUUUCUUCUCAAAUUAAAAGCCAUGUUUUGAGCAAUGAAUAAUAUCCACUAUUUUGUGCCUCCUCCUGACCUUUUAAGCAGAUAUUCCUGCAGUAGAGCUUUCUAUUCGUGGAUAAUAAAAAUUGUAUAAUUGUAUUAUCAGUUUUAUCAUAUUUGACUUACAGAAAUACAGUCUAUUUUCUAUUUAUCAGAGAGGACUUUUAUUUUUGUAACGUCACCCGGUUCAGAUGGAAAAUCUACAGACCACUUACGCUAACUUCCUGGCACUGAUACGUGGACGGCGUCAAACAAGGAAGCCUCACAUGCUCCGACGUCAGAAAUCACUCGAUGGAAACCACGCCUUUGACUAUUCAGACAGUACAGUGAUUGUGAUGGCAGAGAGCUUGGGGCACUACUGGCCACUGGCCAGAUGUACCUCCUGUAGCUCAGUUGGUAGAGCAUGGCGCUUGCAACGCAAGGGUUGUGGGUUCGAUUCCCACGGGGGGCCAGUAUGAAAAAUGUAUGCACUCACUAACUGUAAGUUGCUCUGGAUAAGAGUGUCUGCUAAUUGACUAAAAUGUAAAUGUACCUAUCUAUGCCCACAUUCAAGACAUGGGAACUUUGUCAAAAAAGUUAACUCUCUUUCAAUUAAAGGGCUUUAUUGGCAUGGGAAACAUAUAUUUACAUUGCCAAAGCAAGUGAAAUAGAUAAUAAACAAAAGUACAAUAAAAAUGAACAGUAAACAAUAUACUCAUAAAGUUCCAAAAGAAUAGAGACAUUUCAAAUGUCAUAUUAUGUCUAUAUACAGUGUUGUAACAAUGUGCAAAUAGUUAAAGUACAAAAGGGAAAAUAAAUAAACAUAAAUAUGGGUUGUAUUUACAAUGGUGUUCUUCACUGGUUUCUUGUGGCAACAGGUCACACAUCUUGCUGCUGUGAUGGCACACUGUGGUAUUUCACCCAAUAGAUAUGGGAGUUUAUCAAAAUUGGAUUUGUUUUCAAAUUCUUCGUGGGUCUGUGUAAUCUGAGGGAAAUAUGUGUCUCUAAUAUGGUAAUACACUUGGCAGGAGAUUAGGAAGUGCAGCUCAGUCUCCACCUCAUUUUGUGGGCAGUGUGCACAUAGCCUGUCUUCUCUUGAGAGCCAGGUCUGCCUACGGCGGCCUUUCUCAAUAACAAGGCUAUGCUCACUGAGUCUGUACAUAGUCAAAGCUUUCCUUAAUUUUGAGUCAGUCAAAGUGUCAGGUAUUCCGCCACUGUGUACUCUCUAUUUAGGGCCAAAUAGCAUUCUAGUUUGGUCAGUUUUUUUGUCAAUUCUUUCCUAUGUGUCAAGUAAUUAUAUUUCUGUUUUCUCAUGAUUUGGUGGGGUCUAAUUGUGUUGCUGUCCUGGGGCUCUGUGGGGUCUGUUUGGGUUUGUGAACAGAGCCCCAGGACCAGCUUGCUUAGGGGACUCUUCUCCAGGUGCAUCUCUCUGUAGGUGAUCACUUCCUUUUAGGUGGUUGUAGAAUUUAACAGCUCUUCACUGGAUUUUUAUAAUUAGCGGGUAUCGGCCUUAUUCUGCUCUGCAUGCAUUAUUUGGUGUUUUACGUUGUACACUGAGGAUAUCUUUGCAGAAUUCUGCAUGCAGAGUCUCAAUUUGGUGUUUGUCCCAUUUUGUGAAUUCUUGGUUGGUGAGCGGAUCCCAGACCUCACAACCAUAAAGAGCCAUGGGUUCUAUAACUGAUUCAAGUAUUUUUUGGUAUGUCACAUUUUAUGUUCCUUUUGAUGGCAUAGAAGGCCCUUCUUGCCUUGUCACUCAGAUCGUUCACAGCUUUGUGGAAGUCUCUCUCUCUCUUUCUCAUACACACGCACACACACACACACACACACACGCACACACACACGCACGCACGCACGCACGCACACACACACACCACAGUACAUUUAUAAGCUUGUUGAUGAUCUCCCCACUGGGCACACACUGAUAGAAUCAAUGUUAUUUCCACGUAAUUUCCAUGAAAUUACAUUGAACCAACGUGGAAUAGACAUUGAAUUGACAUCUGAGCCCAGUGGGUCCUCGCUAAUGAAACACGAACCCUCAAGACAGAACAAUGUCUCUUUGUUUGUAGGCCUAAAACAAUUUCUUUACCAAAUAAGAAUAAAAAACAUGUGUUUCAAAAUUGCACAGUACAACUGGUAUUAAAUAACAUUCUUUCACGUGUAUUCCCAAAAUGCAGACAUAUUCACUGACGGACACAAAGUGUUACCAGACCCAGCAAUGUCACACUGCCCCACUAGAGAGUGUGGCUCUGAGACAAAGUGAGAGAGAGGGAUGAUACAACUGAAAGGAUUUCAUAAUAAAAUCUAAAUUUACAUGCCAUAUUAUUGUAGAUGCAUGUUUCAGUGUGUCAUCUGUAAGGUCCUUAUUGUCUGUGAAGUUGACAGAUAUAAAGGAGUGGAGGUAUCCCCACAUCAAUGCCUAUAUGAAAUAAAACAUUGAGUAGCAUUCUUUUAUAUGUUGUGCGAUUUUUGAAACCCUUGCGCCAGUCCUGCCUUGCCGAGAAACACUGGCACGUGAAGAAAGGCGGUUGUAGCUCAGUUGGUAGAGCAUGGCGCUUGCAACGCCAGGGUUGUGGGUUCGAUUCCCACGGGGGGCCAGUAUGAAAAAAUGUAUGCACUCACUAACUGUAAGUUGCUCUGGAUAAGAGCAUCUGCUAAAUGACUGAAAUGUAAAAGAAGAGAGAAGUAUUUGGGGGGUACAAUUUCCUCACACCUUGAAUUGAUUUCUCUAAAACUGGGGAAACACUAACUGAGGGGAAAUAUUUGAGAAAGGUGAACAAAAUACUUUUGGAACAAGCACAGAUAAACAGAAAUAGAAAUCCAACAAUCCAGGAGGCCCAACCCAAGCGUGGCACUGAAUACCGAAGGGAACAUUAUUAUUUCAGCUCAGAGUAGAAUAACACAUGAACCACAGGCUUUCACAGAAUAACAGCCGGAUCAACUUUCUCUAGCUUUGGACUGAGUCAGGGGUUUGGACUCUACAGAAACAACCCUUCUGCAGUUUGGUGCUGGAUAUACUUUGGUGUUCUACAGUGUCUCCUCUCUCUGUAAGUUUCUAAUAAGAAAUUGCUCUCUCUGUGUUUGACUCAGAGAGCAUUUGUGUGUGUGUGUUUGUUGUGGGACGCAGGUGCUAUGGCCUGGGCUGGGGUGUGGUUGUGUGUGUUCGUCCGAUCCUUGGGGUGCCCCUCCAGCACCGUGGCUGGCUGCGUCUAUGGGAGGAGGGCGAGGGCUGUGGGGAGUGUGAGAGGGAGCACUGCCCUCUGGCGCACUCUAAUUGCCCAGCAGGGCGAGUGCAGGACAGCUGCUGUUGCUGUGAGCAUUGUGGCAACGUGGAGGGGCAGCAGUGUGACCCGGAUGGGGCGCAGGAGUUCUAUGGGCGCUGUGGAGAGGGGUUGGUCUGCCAGAGGAGAACCAGGAGAGGACAGAGGGGGAGGGGCUUUGGGAGGGGAGAACCAGAACCUAAGUGUGUGUGUGAGGCACAUGGCUCCGUGUGUGGCUCUGAUGGAUGUACCUACCCCAACCUGUGUCAGCUGAGAGGGGCAGCCAGCCAGAAAGGGACCACUCUGAGGCUCACUGGACAGGGACCAUGCUACUCUGGUGACUAUAAUCAAUUCUUAUUAUAGCAUGUCAGGUAAAAGCUAUUGGACUAUGAAUACAGUAGAGAGAUUGGUUUAUAGGUCUUUUAACUUAGCGCUUAACUAUAGAUCAUAUUUUUAGAUUCACUACAUUAUUACAUUUCUGAAAAGCCAUGUGAAUAUGUUCUGUCAAAACAGCCAGAAUGAAAGCUUACAUGUCUAUAUGGUGUUCCUCUCUCACUCAGCCCCUCGUAUCUCCAGAGCCCCCAGAGACCUGUCCAACUACACUGGGAACAACAUUGUGUUUGGCCUCUGCCUUUCCUCUGCCCAACCUGAGCUGGAGGAAGAAGGGCAGUGACAACUUCCUGCCAGGGGACGAUCCACACAUCUCUGUUCAGGUCUGAUGAUAUCACCACUGUAUCCCUUCACCAUUUAUUUGUGUAUAUGUUUACUCAACUUUACAUUCCCUUAUUGAUGUUUGACUUGAGUGUGACUGCUGAUGUAUUUAUGUGGCCAGUGUCUGGUCCUACAUAUACUGUACCCAGACUCCACCCUCCCUCUCCUCCUCCCAGGCGGUCCCCAGAGGUACACAGUCUCUACCUGGCUGCAGAUACAGAAUCUCCACCGCUCAGACGCAGGGAUCUACUCCUGCAUCUCCCACAAUGCCCUGGGGGAGACAUCUGUGUCCGCCCAUCUUACAGUGCUCAGACAGGGUGAGUCAGAGCUGCAGAUACUAACCAUAUAUAUAUAUAUUUUAAAAUUCGAAGUCAUUUGCAGACGCUCUUAUCCAGAGCGACUUACAGGAGCAAUUAGGGUUAAGUGCCUUGCUCAAGGGCACACCGACAGAUUUUUCACCUAGUCGGCUCAGGGAUUAGAACCAGCAACCUUUCGGUUACGGGCACGGGCACAACGCUCUUAACCACUAACCUACCUGCCGCCCAAUCCGGAUAAUGGACUCAGUAUUUAAGAAACUAGGUUUUUCCAGUGAAACACUGGCCUUUUACAUUUUUGGAUUUGUCUCUCCAUCAGAGUUGAGGGUUCUGAAAGGCCGUCUGGAUGUAGAGGAGGAUGAGGAGUAUUACUAUAACGAUACUGAGGAAGGCAGCGAUGACAGGCAGCCAGAGUCUGGAGACUAA